AGAUUUCACGUCAUCACGUGACUGACCGUCGCCCAGGUUGUGUCGAAAGCAUCCUGGUAUAAUAGCACUUAGCUAGCUAACUAUCCAGUGACAAUAAAUAUUAAGUGAAGUGCAAAGUAUCUUUUUAUAAUGGGCGAAUUGUUACCGUGGCUCUAACGUUAGUCAAGGCAAAGAAGAUAAGAACCUAACCAAACUGGCAUUUCCAACAUGGCUGAAGAGGCCAGUUAACAAAGCUAACGUAACUAUACAUUAGCGUUAGCUAACGUUCAAACUUUGACGGGCAAUAGCAGCAAUUCGUUAGCUAGGUGCUAGUUUGCCAAUUUACUACUAACGUUACCAUUCCGCCCAGCCAGGUAACAUAUCUUGUUAUUGUAACAAUUAGCUUGCUUUGCUAACUAAGCAACGUCGUAGAUGUUUACGCACUAACGCUAACUAAAUACGCGUUAUAUUUUAACAGUCGUUGAUGCAAAACUUGCGUUAACGUUAUUACUAAUUAACAUCAGCUAAUGUUAAUUUAUGAAUGCUUAAGUCACAACUGUUAAGCCGGAUAUGCUAACGUUAGCUACUGAAACUUCACUGUAACUAUCAUGAACACAGUUACUUAAAAUCAGAUUUAAUACUAAUGAUCUUUCCAAUAGCUAAUAGUGAAAAAUAAAGCGAACAGCAGCUAUAAAGUGAAUAGCUAAGCUUACAAAUCUGUGUUUCGUGAUUUAUUUUGGCCAAUCGCGAAACACACAAAUAAUGAGAAACACCAGAAUGUCAAACGCAUGGGGAUUAACGUUAGGGCAGCAGUAUUGUCUAGAAAACACAGCUGUCCGGUCAUUUCGGUAAUCCUUGUAUUCUUCAUAAUGCAGCUAACGUUACAGCUAGAUGUUUAUAAUUGCUGAACCUGUAGUUUAACGUUAACGUCUUGUAACGUUAUACCUAAACAUUUGGCAACCUACUUCACCUUAAACAGUCUGUAUAGUCUAUAGUCUACUUUAAUUCAAGUUAUGCCUGGGGACGCAUCUGAUAGUAGUGAUGACUCCGACACAAAAGCAAAUGAAAAGGCCUGCACCGUCAAGCAUCAAAUCACCAAUGCUAACCUCACAGGUCACACUGAGAGGGUCGGCAUGGAGAAUUUUGAGCUGCUCAAAGUCUUAGGCACUGGAGCUUAUGGAAAAGUGUUUUUGGUCAGGAAGAACACCGGUCAUGAUGUGGGCCAGCUGUAUGCUAUGAAGGUGUUAAAGAAAGCAGCUAUUGUUCAAAAGGCCAAGACAACAGAACACACUCGCACUGAGAGGCAGGUGCUGGAGCACAUCCGCCAGUCCCCCUUCCUGGUCACGCUCCACUAUGCCUUUCAGACGCAGAGCAAACUCCAUCUCAUCCUGGACUAUGUGAGUGGUGGGGAGAUGUUUACUCAUUUGUACCAGAGGGAUCACUUUCCUGAGGAGGCAGUACGGAUUUAUAUUGGGGAAAUAAUCCUGGCUCUGGAGCACCUGCACAAGCUUGGGAUUGUGUACCGAGACAUCAAAUUAGAAAACAUUCUUCUAGACAGUGAAGGCCAUGUGGUGUUGACUGAUUUUGGACUCAGCAAGGAGUUUUUGGAAGAAGAGAAGGAAAGGACCUACUCUUUCUGUGGCACCAUUGAGUACAUGGCACCGGAAAUCAUCAGGGGGAAAUCUGGCCACGGCAAGUCGGUAGAUUGGUGGAGCCUUGGAAUCCUGAUGUUUGAGCUUCUAACGGGCGCAUCUCCUUUUACCCUGGAGGGGGAGAGGAACUCCCAGAGUGAGGUGUCAAAGCGUAUUUUGCGCUGUGAUCCUCCGUUCCCCUCCAUGAUUGGACCCACUGCUCAGGACCUGCUGAAGAAGUUGUUGGUGAAAGAUCCGCACAAGAGGUUGGGCUCUGGACCCAGAGGGUCUGAAGACAUCAAAGCACAUACCUUCUUCAAGGGACUGAACUGGGCCGACCUAGCACUGAAGAAGGUGCCAAGUCCAUUCAAGCCAGAGCUUAAGAGUGAACUUGAUGUGGGGAACUUCGCUGAGGAAUUCACUGGGAUGGAUCCUGUCUACUCCCCGGCGAGUACGCCGCCAAGCACCGACCGUCUGUUCCAGGGUUACUCCUUUAUUGCUCCCUCCAUCCUGUUCAACAAGAACGCGGUCAUGGGAGACUUUGUGCAAUCCCAGAUUGGGGCUGAUCGUCCAGCUUCAGCUUCUGUCCAACGCAGUGCAAUGUUAGAGGAAUCCCAUUUUUUUCAGCACUAUGAGCUGUGUCUUCACGGGCCACCCCUAGGUGAGGGUAGCUUCUCUGUGUGCAGGAAAUGCCGACACAAACAAACUGGCCACGAGUAUGCCGUCAAGAUCGUCAGCCGCAGAAUGGAGGCAAACACCCAGAGGGAGGUUGCUGCUUUGAGGCAAUGUGAGAGUCACCCAAACAUUGUAAAGCUGCAUGAAGUCUAUAGUGAUCAGUACCACACAUAUUUAGUGAUGGAGCUUCUGGGAGGUGGGGAGUUGCUGGAAAGGAUCAAGAGGAAGAAACUCUUUGGAGAGGCCGAGGCCAGUCAGCUGUUACAGAGCCUGGUCUCAGCUGUUAGCUUCAUGCACGAGAAUGGAGUCGUCCACAGAGACCUCAAACCAGAGAACGUGCUGUUUUCAGGUGAGGGGGAGGACUCUGUGCUGAAAGUAAUAGAUUUUGGAUUUGCCCGCCUGUGCCCUGCAGGCAGUGCCCCCCUGCAGACUCCCUGCUUCACGCUGCAGUACGCUGCGCCUGAACUUUUUGAGAGUGCAGGGUACGACAAAGCCUGUGACCUCUGGAGUCUUGGGGUCAUCCUGUACACCAUGCUGUCAGGCCAGGUGCCAUUUCAUAGUGAGCAGCGGGGGAUGACCUCAUCUUAUGCUGCUGACAUCAUGCAAAAGAUUAAAGAGGGUGAUUUUUCAUUGGAUGGGGAGGCCUGGAAGGGCGUAUCGGAAGAUGCUAAAGAGCUUGUUAAAGGCCUACUGACAGUGGACCCAGAGAAGCGUCUUAAACUCUCUGAUCUGAAGGAGAACAGCUGGCUGCAGGGCGGAGCAUCCAUGUCUACCACUCCUUUGUGCACUCCAGAUGUGCUAGAGUCUAGUGGGCCUACUGUCCGCACCUAUGUCAAUGCCACCUACAAGGCUUUCAACCGUGGUAAGAGAGAGGGCUUCUUUCUGAAAAGUGUUGACAAUGCUCCCCUCGCAAAACGCAGAAAGCUGAAGAUGACAAGUACAGGCGUGGAGACCCGAUGGAGUUCAUCCUCAUCUUCGUCCUCUUCUUCCACUUCCUCCUCUGCUUCCACCUCUGCCACAGCAUCCAAAAUACAGCCAAAGCAAACUGUGACCACAAAGCAAACUGUGACCCCAAAGCAGAGCUAGCCUAAAUGGCAGGCGACAGAACAGAAGCAAAACGAGGAGGUAUGUGCUUAUAUGGGCAAAGAAAUUCUGUGGUGAUAGGGUCACCCAGUUCCUAAACAAACAUACCGAAAAACCAAAAGACUGGUUUAGGUUAGUGUUAAGUUUUCAAUACAAAAUUGUAUUCCAUGUUUUAACAGCAAAGCAACUUUGUUAAUCAUGCCAUAUUCUCCCCAAACCAAACUCUGUUUCCUUGAGUGGAUGGAAGAGAAGAUGGUAGAAGUCUAGUUUGGCAUUUUUAAGAUGUACAGAAAUAUGUGGCCUUGGGAAAAAUAUCAAUGAGUAUUUGCUUUAGUGUGCUUUACCAUAGCAUGGUGAUAUCGCACACUAAAAGUUAAAAAAUUAGACAUUUACUUAUUUUCACUGUGGGUAAAAAAACAGUGCCUGGCUAUAUAGGGAUAAAGGGAAAAAGGAGCCAUAAAUGAGCAGAAGCCAUAUAAAGCAACACAGUGAGUAUAUGAAAUGAGCCGUUGUGAUACACACACAUUUGCACAUAGCAAAUUAAAAGUCUUUCCAGCAAGUCACAGCCCUAAUCCUUUGAUUGUAUCUAUACUGCCACACGUAUAAUGAUUAGCAAAAAUCUGCAAAAGUUUUGUCUCAAGGGCUGCGUCACAUGUAGUCACUUUGCUCUGUAAAGAUAGACACUUUGUGAAAACUUCAUUUUUGGGUUUUGCACUAUUUGCAGAAAAUAUAAAUGAUCAAAUGGUAAAAAAAGGCAAACUCCUGGACGGACUGAGCACCGAGCAAAAUGCUUUUGAUAUGUGUAACAUUUGAGGUCGCUGAGGAUGCUGUAGUCGGGAUUUUCUCUAUUGGAUGCAGUUUUAACUCUGUCAGUCCUAAGGGCGCUGACAUUGUAAAGCAGUCACACCUCCAAUACACUACCAAAUCUACAGAUCCCAUUGAACGCAACGCGGGUGGCAUGUCUUGAUUGAUGGCUCUGAUAAAGUAUUUUAGCACACAAUCAGUUUGACUUGAAGUAGCUUGCAGUACUAACCAAGUGUCCAACAGUAGCACCUGUAAAAAAAGAUGAAGACAGAAGCAGUCAUGAAACAGAGUGAGUUUUUUUUCCUCAUAGUUGCUGUAAAUUACUCUCAUUAUUGUGCCGCUCUGAACAUAGCAUGCUAAUCUGUUGUGAUGAACUGUAAGAACAUUUUCUAUAUUUUGGUAUCACAGGCAAACUAAGGAAAUGCCUCAGAGAAUGUUUUUAUGCUACCAAGUGCAGUUUGAGUGUUUGCAUGUAGAGCAAAAUCCACUAUGGUGAUUUGGCUUGUAUCGCCUUGGGCUUGUGAAUUUUAAAAGGGUAUUAUUAUGAUUUUUUUGUGGCCCUAUCAGACCAGCGCCAUAUGUCUCUAUCACAAAUACAAUCUGAUUUUAAACCGUGAAAUAUUGUCCUUCAACUUGUUGUAACCUAUGCUGUAAGGGUCACCGAAAUAUGUCUUUUUAUACAUGUGGUUUUAAAACGUAUGGCUUCAAAAUUCAAACAUUAUUAAAGAAUAUAACUCUUAAUCUUGACUUUAAUAUGGUUCUGAUGAGACCAUCCUGCAAGUUCUGUAUAUAGUCAUCCUUGAUUUAGAGCAAAAAAUAUUAUGUAUGUAAUGAUUUAAAAUUUGAAAACUGUUUUUGAUGGUAUAUUCAUUUCCUGAGGUAUUGUUAUUGGACUUUUUCUUUUUUUAACAUGUUGCACAGCCAGUUGAUCAAUUAUACACAUUUCAGCUUUAAAGGUGCUUUCAUAUUUAUUACAUGUAAUUGAUUUUGAAUUUAAUGCUGUGGUAAUGGGAUUGAUUAUUAAAUUGGCUCUUGUGUACCAGCAUUGAAUGUGUAAUGUGUAUGCGUGUGUGGCUGUGUGAGAGCAUAAAUGGCGCUGGGAGGUUGGUUGUACUGAUAUUUCUGUACCAGAUGAAGCAUAAUUGCAAGUUACUGUAUUAUUUCCUUGUUGUUGUUUGUUGCCUUUGUCUGUUUAAAAGGUAAGUGGUUGUUUGUGGUUGAACAUUGACAUUUUGACAUAAGAAACUGUGCUUUUAUUGGUGUUGAUAUUAUUUUGUUGUAGUAAAUGAAAUCUUUCCUUUUCUCUUUCUUUUUUUGAGCAUUACUAUUUUACUGAAAUGCACUGCCACUGAUGUCGUAACUGGGAAUUUAAUCUUUUGCACCACUGUUUUUUUUCGGUUGGUGCAAAAUAAAUAUUACUUUUAAAUAAA